AUGGAGCACAACCCCACCACCCACGAUGAGGUGGUCUCUCAGUUUUGUGCAAUGACAGGUACUCAGCCUGCAGAGGCACAAGAAUACCUGGCGGCUAGCGGGUGGGACAUCGAGGCAGCGGUAACAGAAUUCUUUGCAGAGCAAGACGAGGCCCUGCAAGGUGCGAACCCCGUGGGAAGCCAAUCCCUUGGAGGUGCCGAUUCAGCUGCGUCAGCAGGUCGAUCGUUGGGCGGCAGCGCUGCCCAGUCUGGGUCUACACCGCAACAAUCGUCCUCAUCACGCAAACCUGCCCCCCAGAAGAGAUUCGCGACACUUGGCGACUUUGCAUCCGGCGGCGGGGACUCGUCGGAAGACAGUGAUACAGAAAAUCAGGACCUUUUUGCUGGUGGUGAGAAGUCUGGAUUGGCCGUGCAAAACCCUGACGACGUUAAGAAAAAGAUCAUCGAGAAAGCCAAAAGAACUCAAAUGCCGUCCUCCGACGAGCCACAAACCAGACAAUCUCACUUUACUGGCUCGGCACGUACCCUAGGCGGCGAUGACACUCCUAGCCGAGUUAUUGAACCCCCGAGUGCGCCGCCUUCACUUCAGAGACCUCAGCGAGUACAACGAACUCUUCACUUUUGGGCCGAUGGAUUUUCGGUUGAUGAUGGAGACCUCUUCCGAUCAGACGAUCCACGCAACGCGGAAAUUCUAGACGGUAUCCGACAGGGACGCGCACCGCUUUCGAUCAUGAACGUACAGCCAGGCCAGGAGGUUGAUGUGGAGAUCAAGCAGCACGAGGAGAAAUAUGUCAAGCCCAAGCCCAAGUACAAGCCCUUCUCUGGAGCGGGUCAGCGACUUGGCAGCCCGACCCCUGGUAUACGCACUCACGCCCCAGCCGAGACUCCUGCCUCUAGCCAACCAAGCACGGAGCCGGCCAAGCCUGACGUUGAUGAGUCGCAACCGAUUGUGAUUUUGCAGAUUCGACUUGGCGACGGUACACGGCUCACUUCCCGAUUCAACACCUCGCAUACGAUUGGCGAUGUGUAUCAGUUCGUGUCCUCUUCCAGCCCGUCCAGUCAGGCACGCUCUUGGGUCUUGAUGACCACGUUCCCGAACAAGGAGCUCACUGACAAGGCUGCGGCUCUGGGCGAUCUCCCUGAAUUCAAGCGAGGUGGCGUGGUCGUCCAAAAAUGGCAAUAG